AUGACCAACAGCAAGACCCCUGAGACAGAUCUUUGCCCUGACUGGAUCUACUCCGACUCCUCCGAUGUGCACAUCGCCAAAGACCGAGCGUGGUUUACUUCUUACCACGUCUUUCCGUCCCAUGUCACCUCGCUAUACGCCAUCGGCGCCCCCAUCCCGGUCCUAGGUAUCGGCACCAUCAAGCUCCCCGUCAAAGCCACCCGUGGCUCGUUCACAUCCUACGGCGCCUCACCCAUCGAGCUCCACAACGUCCUCCACGCACCAACCUACUUCUGCAACCUCCUUGGCCGCCCCCUCGGAGCCAUCUACCAAAUCAGCCUCGGCGGCUCAGUGCAUGAAGGCGGUCGCCCAAACCGCGGCGGCCUCGCUCUGAACGGAAGACAAGUCACGCACUUCCAGCCCGGCCCGAUCAGCUUCUUCUCACUCGCCGUGCUACCGCCCCCAGGAACGAGCUUCGGACCGAGCGCGUUCAGGACCGGCGGGAGUCGGGCGGUAAGCGCGCACUGGCCGCACGCAGAGCGGUCGCGCUGGCACGCCAUCCCAGCCCACGCCGCGCUCGAGCGCGACCCGCUGCCAGAUCAGCCGCCGUAUGCACUGCAUGAGAUGGAGUUUGUGAAUCGGCGGUGGGGGAGUGAGUUUCGGUUUCUCGCGCAGUAUGGGCUGGGGCUGCUUGAGGAGAGGGAUCGGAGCGAGGGGAGACGGAUUGCGAGGGCGCUUCUCCAGGGGAGGGAUCCGGAGGUGAAGGUCGGGGUGUAG